AUGACAUCCAAACUGCAGCAUCUAGAUCAGGGCAUUAUAAAAAGUUUUAAAUUUCAUUAUAAACGUAGAAUCAUGGAAAAAAUACUAGACGGAUUUGAAACCAAUGUCACAAUCCCUAUAAUUGAUCUCUUGGAUUGCAUUCAUAUUUCAGUAACAGUAUGGGAGGCAGAUGUAACCCAAGCGACUAUUCAGAACUGCUUCAGAAAAGCUGGGUUUGGAACGCACACCUAUUAUGACUUAGAAGAUGAAAUGCCUCCACGAGGAUCUAAUAUCAAGCGAAAUUCCUACAGGAGACGAAACAUUGCAAAGUGUGAGCAAAAAACUGGCAUGGAGGAUGAAUUGGAGAAAAGAUCUGAUGAUGAAAACGACAGUGAAGGAACUCCAAGAGAGAAGCCUUCUGACGCUGAAGUUUUAAAGGCAAUUGAAAGCAUCCAGCUUUCAAUCAAUGAGGCUCCAACUAAUGAGGACUUUAAUCUGCCAAAUUAUACAAAAAUAUGA